CGCACUGAGCUACAACCUACAAUAGCGUAUCAUUCAUCUGGACACCUUAUUAAACACCAGAAAAGGAAACUCAGAUAUUACAAUAAAAGAACAUUUAAAAUAAUGAACUGACACAAUAAAUUUUGCUCACCACACAGAGAAACCAGUUUAUUUUCGGCGAUAACUUCCUCUUUUGGACAUUGUACCCGGGAUUUCAACCACUUAGUAUUUUUUCUAUUGCUGGCUAUCUACAGCGCUGUCGCAAAUAGGACGUGGACUUUUGAGGUAUCUGAGACGUUUUCCUUUUAGACAACUUGGAUAUAAGUGCUAUGACAGGGAAACUGGCGGAGCGGGUCCCUACGACAAUGAGCAGUUUAAUAAACACGAUUUCUGACAACCUUUACCCAGAGGAGGAAAGCCCUUCGUCGAACAUUUUCGCGAGCACGGAUUCUAUUUCGCCUUAUUCGCAGAUGAACACAGACAGCAUCAUGGAUCUGGGGCUGGGGGGGGACAAAGGGGCGGCAGACCUGCAGUACAGCUCUGGGUUCCAGUCUGUGCGUAGCGGCCAGACGGUCACAUACCUGGGGAAGUUUGCCUUUGACACGCCCUCCUCCUCGGGCGGGGGGGUCACAGGCUCCGGCUGGUGCUCGGACAGCAACAUCAUCAGCUUGGUGAGCGCAGGAGUCCUGGGGGUGUCCCAGUCACCCAGCAAUGUUAGCGCCCAGACCUCACCCGGUGGAGGGGGCGGGGGUGUGGCCAUGGGCAGCCAAGCUUCAGAGCUGGAGCAGGUGUACAGCACGGCUCUGCCCGCCUUCUCCAUCUGUGGGGACAUGUAUCAAGACCAGGUCUCCUUCAACCACAGCCCUACAGCCCCCACCACCCAGCUCCCCUACCCAAGCAGCGAUUACCACACCGCCGCCAAGCCUGCUGUGGAUGCCGGGCUCUUCUCGGUCAUUCCUGACUACACCCUCUUCCAUCACCAGGGGGAGGUGGGCAUGAUGGAUCAGAAGCCCUUCCAAACCCAGGACCUUGGGCGUGUCAACCCCCCGCCCAUCACACCUCUGGAGACUAUCCGGGCCUUCAAGGACAAGCAGCAGGUCGCCCCAGGUUUGGCUGCUGGGCAGCAGCAGCACGGGCCCUCCCCUCCCCAGGCCCUCACGCUCCGGCCCGUGCGCCUGCGCAAGUACCCCAACCGGCCCUGCAAAACGCCCAUCCACGAGCGCCCGCACGCCUGCCCCGCGGCCAGCUGCGACCGCCGCUUCUCCCGCUCCGACGAGCUGACGCGCCACCUGCGCAUCCACACGGGCCACAAGCCCUUCCAGUGCCGCAUCUGCAUGCGCACCUUCAGCCGCAGCGACCACCUGACCACGCACAUCCGCACGCACACCGGCGAGAAGCCCUUCUCCUGCGAGUUCUGCCCCCGCAAGUUCGCCCGCAGCGACGAGCGCCGCCGGCAUGCCAAGGUGCACCUGAAGCAGAGGGAGAAGAAGGCAGCGGACACGGCCGGUGGGGGGGGCGGUGGGGGCGCUGAGGGCAUGGUGGGCAUGGCAGGAAUAGGCCACAGCUCUCCUCCCAGCUCCUGCACCAGUCAGACAAUCACAACCUGCACUUAAAAAACCUCACAUGCUUUCAUUAGGUGGCACUGGACCACAGAGGGCUGUUCUCCUUUUCUCUUGCCCCUCUAUUUCUAUCUCCUCUCUUUCACACUCCGUCUCUCUCCUCACCUAUUGUCUCUUUUUUAUCUUUGGAUAAUACCUCCAUUAAUUACAGAAGCUCAGAAAACCAAACAAGAGUCUAUAGAAGAUACCCCUUUAGCCCCUUUACCUUGAGUCACUGGCUGCUCUACUAACACCCACAGCUAUGGACAGCAAGAACAGCACAUUUAUAUGGGAUGAGUUGGUUUAUGUGAGAAACAUGAUCAGUGCGAUCACAUUUAGAGGUGAAUCAGUGUUUAUAUGGGAAACGGGACUAGUGUAUUACUGAACAGUAACAGUAUGUUCCCAUAAGGAACAGGAACAGUAUGUUCCUCUGUGGAAUAGCAUCAGCAUGUACCAUUUGAGAGCCAAGAGGUCCUAGUUUCUCAAGUCUAAUUAUAAAUAAAAGGAGCACAGAAAAAUGUGACCAGCCUUCACAGAGCUGCAUGAUGGCAAUACUGAGGUGUGAUAUUUCUGCCUGCUGUUGUUCAUGCGCAUAAGUCGGUUUAUCAUUUUGAACACUGUUAACGAGUGAGACUUCCAUCCAUGUUGUCAUGGUCCCAAUGUCCUACCUGAUUGGAAGCAGAAAUGCGAAAUGGAAUUGUAAAACCACAGAUAUCAUAUAUUCUGACCAGAUAUCUAUCUCCUACAUUACCUUCCACACUUCAUACAUCAUUGUCUUUAAAGUUUUGCUUGGCAACAGGGCUUUUUGAUGCUGUCUCCAUCGCUACUAUAGCUAUACGUACCUAUAUAUCUCUCUUUGGCAACAUCCCUUAUGCAUGUUCAUAAGGAACCAGCAGAUCAGUACAGUUCCAACAACAGCAGGGAAAGGGCUUCCAGUGUGAAUUUCUAAACACCUUGUCAACACACAAAACAUUUGUGGUAAGAACCAAGCUUUCUCCAUUCCUUGUUCAUUGCAGUUUGAUAUUUCUCCUAUAUGAAAUUAGAAAACAUGAGAGUUGUCUCUGAACUCAGAUACAUCCCUUAGAUGAACACACUCCUUGUGAGGGAAUCACAGAAAUGGAAAAAAACUCAAAUAAGCUGAGAAAACUGAAAACUGUUUGAAUCCCUCAAUGUUCUGUUAAAAGUAAUUAUUGGAAUAUAAUAUUCCUCAAUUAUUAUCAGUCAACCAAUCAAUAUUUACUUUAUGAAUAUUUUAUUCAAUAUUUCAAAAUGUAUUUAAAGCCAGGACAGCUGCUUUCAAACAGAUAACUUGAUGAUACCUUUCAUUAGUUUAGCCCAGGUCUUUAAAUAGUGUACAUUAUACUAUUUAUGCAUUGCAACUGUUUUCUUAAUGUUUCUUGUUUCACAUUUAAAAUUUAAACAAAAAAAAAAAAAAAAAAUCAAAAUAAGGCUCAAAGGACAGAUUCCAACUAAUUCAAUGUAUUGAAAAAAUACAAAAGACAAAAUAUAUAAAUAUUGCCACUUUUAUGUAUUUUAUUGUUUGCAUAUAUUAUAGAACAUUUAAAAUAUAUAUUAAGAAAACUUACAAAAUACACAAAUUAUUUAAAUAAGAAACAUAUAUAAAUACAUAAGCAGCAUGUACUGUAUACUGUAACACAGUGGUAUUCAAUGUCAGUUCUGGUUGACCCCCUGUGUAUGCUGGUUUUUGUAACAACCACAAUUGCAAUCCCAGACUUUUAACAUGUUAUUUUUUUUAAUUGAGUGCUGUUCAAGUUUGGAGGGAUUAUUGACCCUUUUAAUCCACUCUAUAUUAUGCAUGCCAUAAAGGAUAAGAACCCAUGUUCACAUUGUGCUUAUGGUGCUAUAUUGCAAACAAUUACAUAAAAAGGGUAACAAAAUUUUGAACUGAUCAAAUUAAAGACUGGCGUGAAUCAAUAAGCUCCUAAUUGGGUUGUUGAACAUAAAGCUUAAGCUAGCUGGAUGGUCCAAAGACAUCUAGGUUAGACUAGCUGGACUGUCCAAAGACAUACAGGUUAGGCUAACUGGACUGUCCAAAGACAUACAGGUUAGACUAGCAGGACUGUCCAAAGACAUACAGGUUAGGCUAGCUAGACUGUCCAAAGACAUACAGGUUAGACUAGCAGGACUGUCCAAAGACAUACAGGUUAGGCUAGCUAGACUGUCCAAAGACAUACAGGUUAGGCUAGCUAGACUGUCCAAAGACACACAGGUUAGACUAGCAGGACUGUCCAAAGACAUACAGGUUAGGCUAACUGGACUGCCUAAAGACAUACAGGUUAGACUAGCAGGACUGUCCAAAGACAUACAGGUUAGGCUAGCUAGACUGUCCAAAGACAUACAGGUUAGGCUAGCUAGACUGUCCAAAGACACACAGGUUAGACUAGCAGGACUGUCCAAAGACAUACAGGUUAGGCUAGCUAGACUGUCCAAAGACAUACAGGUUAGGCUAGCUAGACUGUCCAAAGACACACAGGUUAGACUAGCAGGACUGUCCAAAGACAUACAGGUUAGGCUAACUGGACUGCCUAAAGACAUACAGGUUAGACUAGCAGGACUGUCCAAAGACAUACAGGUCAGGCUAAUUGGACUGUCCAAAGACAUCCAGGUCAGGCUAACUGGACUGCCCCCCAGUACGCCCCCCCCCCCCCCCCCCCCCCCCACACCAUGUGACCAUGACCAUGUUGCCUCUUUUAAUUAAAUUGGUUGCAGUAUAGCACAACAAGCACAAUGUGAAUGUCUGACGUUCAAUUCUACAUUGCAUGCACAGCUAUUUUUGACAUAAUGUGGCUUAAGAGGUUAGAUAAUCCCUAUAAACAUGAAAAGCACCUAAUUAAGAAAAAUUAACAGCUUUUAAAAAUUUUGCAGCAGUGGUUCAAAAGAAA